CAAUCCCGUAAACAAGAGCACCAAGGCUACACUUAGAAGUUCAAGGAGGCGUGGCUUAGGGACCGGAAGAACGUCCGGUUGCCAAGGGAACCCCACGCGCCUAGGCGCCGGCCCAGCCACUGAUGCUCCCGCUGAGGCACAGGCAGCGGGUUCACCCAACUUGUAGAACCGGCCUUGCUCAGGAGCAGGGAUUCUUACAGAGGCGGCAUAGAGACGAAGGCUGAGAGACGCUCGAUAUUUAUCCCACAAACGGAUACGAGCGAGUGGUCGGUUCCUGUUCUCUUCAGCCCCUGGGCCCGCAGGAUUAACUUCAAAAACCAGCUGGUUUGUAAAUAUUUGAAUCACAUUAUGGGAUUGCUAGACAGACUUUCAGGCUUGCUUGGCCUAAAGAAGAAGGAGGUUCAUGUUUUGUGCCUUGGGCUGGAUAAUAGUGGCAAAACAACAAUCAUUAACAAACUUAAACCUUCAAAUGCUCAAUCACAAGAUAUAGUUCCAACCAUAGGAUUCAGCAUAGAGAAAUUCAAAUCAUCCAGUUUGUCUUUUACAGUGUUUGACAUGUCAGGUCAAGGAAGAUACAGAAAUCUCUGGGAACACUAUUAUAAAGAAGGACAAGCCAUUAUUUUUGUCAUUGAUAGUAGUGAUAGAUUAAGAAUGGUUGUAGCCAAAGAAGAACUUGAUACUCUGCUGAAUCAUCCAGAUAUUAAGCACCGCCGAAUACCAAUCUUAUUUUUUGCAAACAAAAUGGAUCUUAGAGAUGCAGUGACGUCUGUAAAAGUGUCUCAGCUGCUGUGUUUAGAGAACAUCAAAGAUAAACCAUGGCAUAUUUGUGCUAGUGAUGCCAUAAAAGGAGAAGGAUUGCAAGAAGGUGUAGACUGGCUUCAAGAAAAAACAAUCGAAUCAGAUCCAGGCUGUGAAGACAUGAAAAGAUAGUAUUUGGAAACCUCAACAGUUUUCAAUUCAAGGAAUGUAUCUUAAGGCACACUGAAUACUUCAAAUUUUUUUAAAAGAUGUUUGUGCAUCUAGGAAUACUUCAUAAUCUUCUGCUUGCAUUUAUGGACUCUGAAUGAACUUUUUAAGAACAUAGGACUUCAAGUAUGCUAAUCUGACCAUUAAUUAUAUUAAAACUAAAUCAUUCCUCAGAAGGGCUCCUUCUCCAGAAUUACCAACUUCUUAGUAAAAGUCUACAUUUGAUUGUAAUUAGAAUGUUUAAACUCAGAGUUAUAAGCCAUCUCAAUAUCUCAUCAUGAUUUAUAAUAUCUUUAAUGCAUCUUUUUAAAAUUGUCUUACAAAGUUUAGUUCAUGGUAUGACUUUGCAGGUAUGAUUGUGUUUGGAAAAAGAACUUUAAAUAUUUAUAAGGGACCAUGGGUAAUUAAUAUAUACAUAAAAUUUUUACUAUAUGUCACUAUCAAUAAACAUACAAUGUACAAACUAGUGUACUUCAUUUAUGCUGAAAAGAAUAAUGCUGUGUUAACGUAAUAUUUAGUGUUUUACUGUCAAGCAUUUGUAAGUUUUCUGAGACCAAAUUAAGCUGAAUUUAUUUAUCCAAUGAAUGUGUAUUGAACCGCUCUGUACCUACACUAGUCCCACAUUGUCCCAGGCAAUGGUGAUACAAGGUAAAUAAAUCAAGACAUAUUCUUAAUCCAUAGUGAACUUAAAAUUAAUGAGGGUGAUUUUGAGAACCUUUUUAUACAUAGUAUCAUUUUAUUUUUGGCUACAUGAAUAUCUUGGAUUUUAAGAUUAAGAGGUAUGUAGAUGAACUAAUGAUUCUUAAAUAAUUACUUUAACUGACUUCUUGUUUCUUUAAAAUGCCUCCAAUUACUAUAGCACUUUCUUAAAUUGUGACUCACCAAACUGUGUUUUUCCUGAGCAUAAACUGCUACAAAAAUGUUGUUUAGAAUUUUAGACACAUCUCAGGCAUCUACUCUAUGCAAAUUGUGUUAGUUCUCAAAACUUAGAGACCACUUAUAAUUGUGACCUCUGAGUAGAAGCUUUCACUUUAA